AACCCGUUACUGUAUUCUGGCCUCAACGAGUAAUUGAUGCACUGCGCAAUUGUAUCCGUAUUCUCGGAGGAUAAACAAAAUCCGUGGGCUAGGUGUCUGGCGGCCUCACCAAGGUUAUUGAUAAACCCGCAGCACACAGUACCCGUAAUCGACGACAAUGUUUAUCUCGCUGAAAGCCGAGCGAUUUCGAGCUACUUGGUCGACAAAUACGGGAAGAACGACUCCCUCUACCCGAAGGACAUCAAAGAACGUGCAGUCGUCAAUCAGCGAUUGUAUUUCGACAUUGGUACCCUGUAUCAGGCAUAUACGAGUGCUUACAGACCUGUAAUAUUCAGCGGAGCCCCUAAGGAAGCUGUGUUGAUUAAAAAUUUCAACGAAAGUCUGAAACUCUUUGAACAAUUUUUGGAGAACGAUCAUUACGUGGCUGGAGAAAAUCUUACGAUUGCUGAUCUUUCGUUGGUUACCACCGUAUCCGAGCUUGAGGUCUUGGAACAUGACUUCAGCAAGUUUGAGAACAUUAAUCGCUGGUACGCCAAAGUUAAAUCCGAAGCACCGCAAUACGAGAAGAUCACCGAAGAAGGAAUUGGGGCAUUGAAAGAAUUGCUCGAAUUGCUUAAGAAAUAAACGCAGAAUUAUUUUUCCGUUAAACCCGACCGCACGAAGGUUUUGAAAAGGAUGAUUUAUCAUUUUAAAAAUCAGAGCUACGAGCCAUGGUGGUAGAAUUGAAGACCUUGCGAAUCUCUGCUGAUCUGCUUACACUUCUCUCGCUCCGGAACGAUAGUUAUAAUUUUUGUACCAAUAAAAAAAAAUCAUCGUCCCAACCCCAUCGUGAGCACUUUUUCACGAAGAUAUAGA